CCUCUAGAAGUAGUAAGCACUUCGAGAGCUGCGCGACCCGGGCUGCAGAAAACCAAUACAAAAAUUCGUCGUGAGAGGAGCAGCUUAUCAUGCAGAGAGAAAAAUUGGAGCGAGCGGGGCAGUGGACAAUAGAGAAAAUAAGCUCUCAAGUCAUUUUUCAGAGAGCCCCUUGGCUUCGUUUCAUCUCCGUUUUAGCAUAUAAACCGCUUUUUACAACGCAGGAACUCCUCUCAUCCACGUGGAUCGGAUCGCGCUCUAUCGCUAGUACAGACAAAUUCUCUCCUGUAUGUGCAGCAGGCUGCUUGUACUCGUCUCGCAUUUCGAUUUGUGUCUACUCCUUCAGCAGACGAAACGAAACCUAAAGGAAUACGAAGCAUUCAUCACGUCAGAUGAGAAAAACAAAACGUAGAAAAAACUGAGCGGCAAAAAUAGUAAGGCAGGAUCUUUGAGCGGCCUCAGAAUGACACCCUGCAGAAGUUCUACAACUUCCGAGGUCAAGAACAUAUUCCUGGCCACUCUGUAGCGGAAGAGAAGUGAAAAAAAAUCCUUCGCCGCGUCCGUUCAGCAAUCAACAGGUGGCAUUAGUCCAUCGUUAGGCUGAAAACACUUCUACAUUGUCAAGAUGGAGUUCACCGCCGACCAAAUUGUAUCCACUGCAAAAGUAUCGUACUCGUAAUAUUGCAAUGAUGCAUUACAAAUCUUUCCCUUAGGGUAAUUCAGCAUUACACAUUUUAUUUCUCAUGCUGAGGGAAUUUGUAAUGCAUGACUUUAUACGAGUGCGAUACUUUUGCUUUUCAUAAAUUGACGAGUUUAAGGAGGCCUUCGCGCUGUUCGAUCGCGAUAACUCCUACGCACUGUAAAUGUCCCGUACACGACGUACAAAUGCAGUCUCUGCAUGACAAAAUUGGGCUUUGAUCCUAGUUUACUAGCAUGACAAGUUCAAGUGUUACGCUCCAAAUUGGUGAAUGAAGUUGUGAUGCAUCUCGUAUAUGUACGGGAAAUUUGUAUUGCAUAACUCCGGCACAAUCACGGCAGACGAGCUCGGCGUGAUAAUGAAGUCGCUGGGGAAAAAUCCCACCGAUGACGAGCUAGAGGCGAUGAUAGCGGAGGUAGACGAGGACGGCAGUGGCGAGAUCGAGUUCCCGGAGUUUCUGUAUGGAUUGCAAAAGUACCGUACUCGUAUAAAUGCAUUACAAAUUUCCUCAGCAUGAGAAAAAAAAUUCGUAAUGCAGAUUUGCCUUGGAAACAAGAUUUGUAAUGCAGGACCUGCAUUUAUACGAGUGCGAUACUUUUGCACAGGAUAUUCUGGCGUUGAUGUCAAAAAAACUGCAAGCAGCAGACAGCGUGGAGGAGAUGCGAGAGGCGUUUCUCGUACUGCUUAGACUGUUGUAAUUUUCUUGUCAUGCAAGGUGGCAGGACGCAACAUGGUAGGGUUGCUUUGUCAUGCGUAUAUUAAUGCAACAUACAGCAUCUCAUAUAUGUAUAUGAAUCAAAAAAACAAGGUGUUCGACCGAGACAAGUCCGGUUCAGUAACAGCAGCGGAAUUGAAGCACGUGAUGAAUAACCUCGGAGAAAUCGUGACUGACGACGAAAUAUCAAAUGCAACAGUUUGAUGAAAUUGAGUCGCAAUGUCGAUGCUGCAUGACAAAACUUCACUCAGCAAUUAAUUUACUUGGGUAAGUAGUUGUACCACAAAGGCAGUUUGCACUCAGUUCCUGUAAAAUAUAAAUGCACAAAUGCGAAGUGGAAAGAUGCAGCGCGAUUCCCAUUAUUCUGUUCUUGCAGUGAGUGCAUAUUUCGUUGAGGAGAUGAUCCGAGAAGCAGACGAGGACGGUGACGGGGAGUUGUCGUUCGACGAUUUUCUUCAGUUCAUCCGAAGAAAAGGACUGAUUUGACGACAAGGCAGAAUGCAUCCUGGAGAUGAAGAUGUACUCGAAACCAAUCGAUGAAAAAUCAAAAUUUAAAUUGUUGAUUGCACAACUUUUGCCAAUAUUACUACUGAGAAUAAAAAUCCGUUUCUAGUACUAUUGGCACGGUCGUUUCGGUGCUUUUUGGGCAAGAAUAUUUUCCUCUUGUUGUUGAGAAUAGACAAAAUUUACUUCAUCAAACCAACGUUAGUUUCUCUCCCGGCGCUUGCGCUCGCGGAAAGGGAAAGUUCUGACAAAAAAGAAUAAACA